AUGCCGUCUCCUUCCCCUGCUGCUUCCCCUCCUCCUUCCUCCCCCCCAUCUAUUCCUCCUUCGAGUUCCUCUCUGCUUGCUCCCCAGUCUGCUACAUGGUCCUCUCUGUUCCCCUCUGGUUUCCCUAUUGGCUCUGAGGGGCUCCCUUUACGCUUUGUUGCCCCUUCUUCUGUGGGCUCCUCUAAGGUGGCCUUGUGCCCUGCUGAUUUACUUGCUGAUGAAGCUCUUCUCUGGGAGAACUGUCUAGUUGGAAACUUCUUGGGUUCGCGACCACCCUUCCCUGUCGUCAAGUCCUCCUUAUCUAAGCAAUGGCAUGCACAGGGUUCUUUGGAUACCUUUCUUCUUGAUAAUGGUUUUUUCAUUUUCAAAUUCUCCUCCCCCCUAGACAAGUCUCGUGCCCUUGAGGGUGGCACUUGGCUAGUACCUCCUCCUAUACGGUGUACUGAGACGGCAGACUCGAUUCACAUAGGCUCUGUUCUAGGAAAGCCUCUGUUCUUUGAUGCGAGAACCAGGCGCAAGGACCAACUGGCUUACGCAAGAAUUUGUGUUGAGGUCUCUGCUAAAGACUUCCUUCCUACCUUCAUCAAUGUCCACGAAGGAGAGGAUUUCUCAUUUGAGCAAGAAGUGCAUUACAAAUGGAAACCCCCGCAGUGCUCAGUCUGUAAGGUGUUUGCUCACGAUUCUCAACACUGUGCUCCGACAGGCAAGGUCUCGGCUGAGGCUGCUCCCUUUGUCUUUGAAAUCCCUGGUAAUAGAGUGGCUGUUGAAGAAACUGUUGCUGAAAAUAACCUUCGGAAUGCUAUAGCCACUGACGAUGGAGCUGCUUUGGCCUUUGGAACUGCUGCUGUAGGCACAGCUUAG